AUGGCCUCCGUUUCUCGUCAGCAACCAAUUUUGUCCCUCACAGGCGAGACGCCGGAGCUGCAUCCCGCCAAUACUAUUCGAAAAGCGUUGACCCUGGAGGUCUUUUUCUUGGAGUGGCAGCAACUUCUCAUGGCGCAGAAGCGACCACGCGGCAAGCGCCAGAAAUCCCCUGCUCAACCCGAGCGCCCACGCCGUGAGAGGCCGCCGCACGACCAGAGCGGCACAGCCAGCGAAGGGUUUGAGGCUUUCUGUCGUCGGUUCAUCGAGCCACGCUUGCGUGAGCAUGUCGAGAGGCAAGCAGAGGGCGAUAUUAAGCAGUCAGUCCGGCCCACGAGCAGUCGAGAAAGCUCUACGUCAGGGGAAGCCUCGAAACAAUUGAUCAAAUUAGUCCUGGGCUUGGCCCAACUGAUCGUGCAUCGGUACAUCGCCAAGAGAACAGCAACGGAGAACACGGCCGAGGAGACACAAGACUCGUUCUCUGGAAUCAGCACCCAAUGGUCCGAGGCGCCUUUAUCGGGGAGAGAUGGGUCGCCGUUGUCAGCCAGAGACGACCAGCUCGUGGCCUCGCUUGACCGCGUCUUGGACCAGCUUCAGGCGACUGAGGACCUGCUAGUCAGAACAAUGUACAGUCCCGCGAGUCACGAGAAUUGCCAGAUACGCCGCAGCAUUCUCGUCCAUGCCAACAGCCUACAGGCAGCCAUAGGAAGAGCAGCCGCCCAAGUGCGAGGUCUCCGAGGACGGCUCAAGAGUGGCGACCAAGGCGGCAACCAAUGCGAUCGAGCCUCGGAAGGUGCGAGAAGGCAGUAUGGAGAGAGCGCCAGCUACUACUGGCCUUCGGGGUGCAAAGAUCGUCUGAACCGUCGAGGCAUGGUCAGCUUUACCGCAUCGGCUCGAGCAGCUAUCUUAGCCAGCGUGCUCUUGCCGAGACAUAUUCUGGCCGUUCCACAGUCUUCAUCACCCGCGCUCGUUCCUAGAAUCUGGAAUGGGAAGAAGUACGGCUGCAAAUGCUAUAUCGGAGACUCGUGCUGGCCGGCUGAGCCUGCCUGGACUCAUCUGAACAAGACGCUAGAUGGGAAUCUGGCUGUCGACAUCCCACCAGGCGCACCCUGCCAUGACGAAUUCAAUGGGCCCCUGGGAACCGUCAAGACGUACGACGCUGCGAAGUGUGCCGAAGUGACCAGUAAUUUUGCCAGCGAAGACUGGACUGUUUCGCUCCCUGCCGCGGCGCUCUGGACGUUUUUUACGAACGAGACCUGCCGACCGACGCUCAACCGCAAAGAUGUAUGCACUCUCGGCUACUACCCCAUCUAUGUCAUCAUGGCAAAGACAACCUCGCACAUCAAAGCUGGUAUCGACUUUGCCCGCGCCAACAAUCUACGUCUGAUUGUGCGCAAUACAGGCCAUGAUUUUCUGGGAAGAAGCACGGGCUUUGGUUCGCUCGUCAUCAACACGCACAGCUUCAAGGACUAUACUUUCCACAAAUCCUACCGUGGACCGGGCAACUACAGCGGGCCUUGUGUGGAAGUUGGCGCGGGUGUCCAGGGGCGCGAGUUCCUCAGGGUCGGACAUGAGAGGACGCCACCGGUGGUCGUGGUCACUGGAGAAUGUCCAACAGUUGGAAUUGCUGGAGGGCUUGUCGGUGGCGGCGGCCACGGCCCGUGGACGACUUUGAAGGGAUUCGCUUCGGACAAUGCUCUAGAGUUCCACGCCAUCACUGCCGAUGGCGUGGUCAGGAAGGCUAACGCAGAGGAGAACCCGGAUCUAUAUUGGGCUCUCAAGGGUGGAGGCCCAGGAGCUUUUGCAGUUAUUCUCAGUGUCACCUAUGCGGUCUUUGAGGACGUGCGGUCAGCCGGAGCCAUAUUGAAUAUCAACCGGACACACACCACCGACACCCAGCUCUGGUGGAAAGGCGUGACAGCUUUUCACGGCUACGCAAACCAUUUUGUCGAUUCCGGACUCUAUGUGUACUGGGAACUAGCAGAGCUUAGUCUGCAUAUCCAGCCGUUUGUGGCUAUCGGUCAGAGUGCUUCUGAUCUGCGGGAGAUCCUGAAACCUCUUUUAGAUGAUCUAGACCGACUGGGCCUCGAGUAUUCCUUCUCCAUCAAGGAGUUCUCGACCUUCUUUGAUCUUUAUAUCGACAUGUUCGAGGACGAGGGAGCCGGUGGGACCGCGAUUACUGGGGGCUGGAUGUUCUCACACAACGAUGUCGCCAAGAACAACGAGGGGAUCAUUGGAUCCUUCCAAAAUGCCCUGGCUAAUGGAGCGUUCAUAGUCGGGCAUCUCUGGGAUGCCGGCCAUUCCCCAACUAUCACAGAAAGUGCUAUCAAUCCCCGGUUCAAGCAGAGCUCCGACUUUGCCAUCGUAGCUCUACCUGUAGCCGUCAAUGCCAGUCUUGGCGAGAAGGCAGCUGCACAGGAGUUGCUGACAUCGAAUAUCGAUCUAGAGCUCCAGAAAGCUGGGCCAUGUGGUGCAAACUAUGUGAACGAGGCCGAUCCCUUUCAAGAUAACUGGCAGGAGCACUUCUGGGGCACCAAUUACCCUAAGCUGCUAGAGAUUAAGAAGAAAUGGGACCCAGAUACGCUCUUCUAUUACGUGUCGACCCCAGGCACCGAGGACUGGGAGCAGAUAGAACACAACACAAGGCUGUGCAAGAAGCUCUGA